CUUCUCCUUCAGCAAAACCAAAAGCAAGAGGUGGCUGUACAGAGGAGGAAUGGGACUCUGUUCUACCCAGAGCCAACUGGAGCAUGAGCAGCAGGUGGAACAGCAGCCUCGCUGCAGCGGGUGAUCCCUGGGGACAGGCGCUGGGAGCCCCAGCUGGAAAUGCUUCUACCCCCGUGACAGCCAACUUCUCCAAUCAGUUUGUGCAGCCCUCCUGGCGCAUCGCCCUGUGGUCCCUGGCAUAUGGCACUGUGGUGGCAGUGGCCAUUUUUGGGAAUCUCAUCGUCAUCUGGAUCAUCCUGGCUCAUAAGCGCAUGCGGACGGUGACCAAUUACUUCCUGGUGAACCUGGCCUUCUCCGAUGCCUCCAUGGCUGCAUUCAACACUCUCAUCAACUUCAUCUACGCGCUGCACAGCGAGUGGUACUUUGGGGAGGCUUACUGCCGCUUCCACAACUUCUUCCCCAUCACAGCUGUCUUCGCCAGCAUCUACUCCAUGACGGCGAUUGCCGUGGACAGGUACAUGGCCAUUAUUGAUCCCUUGAAACCCAGGCUCUCUGCAACUGCUACCAAGGUGGUCAUUGGGAGCAUUUGGAUUUUGGCUUUCCUGUUAGCCUUUCCUCAGUGCCUCUACUCCAUAACCAAGGUGAUGCCUGGGAGAACUCUUUGCUAUGUAGCAUGGCCAGGUGGUCCAAAACAGCAUUUUACGUAUCAUGUCAUUGUGAUUGUGCUGGUCUACUGUUUCCCACUGCUUGUCAUGGGCAUCACUUAUUCCAUAGUGGGAAUUACUCUCUGGGGAGGAGAAAUACCAGGCGACACAUCCGACAAAUAUCAUGAGCAACUCAAAGCUAAGAGAAAGGUGGUAAAAAUGAUGAUUGUGGUUGUGUUGACAUUUGCCAUCUGUUGGCUGCCCUAUCACACUUACUUCAUAGUUACUGGGAUCUAUCAACAAUUAAAUCGGUGGAAAUACAUUCAGCAAAUCUAUUUGGCCAGUUUUUGGCUUGCCAUGAGCUCUACCAUGUACAAUCCCAUUAUCUACUGCUGCCUUAAUAAGAGGUUCCGAGCUGGCUUCAAACGAGCUUUCCGCUGGUGCCCCUUCAUUGAGGUGUCCAGCCAUGAUGAGCUGGAGCUCAAGGCAGCCAGGUUUCACCCCACCCGGCAAAGCAGCCUCUAUGCCGUGUCCCGAAUGGAGUCCAGCAUGACCGUAGUGCUCGAUGACGGAGACAACUCCCACGCCAGCCGCAAGAAGAAAGCAGCUCUAAGGGACGCGAGUUUCAAUGGCUGUUCGCGGAGGAACUCCAAGACCAUCUCUGCAGCCUCGAGUUUCCUCAGCUCUCCGCACACAUCAGCAGAUGAUUAUUCCUAAGCAUUUCAGGGUGACACUUGCUGGAAGGGUAGCGCUAGACAGGCGAGAGGCAAUGCUCUCCCAACUCGGAACUAGAUAAUUGUAUCACCAGUAAACAGUCACAAUUCAGCCAACAAAGCCUAGCUAUAAAUAUCAUAAGGCUUUUAGGCAUCACUUUACGUUUGUGCUUUGGAGAGAAAGAAGAACUUGAAGACAUAUGUAUUCAUCAGUCCAAAAGCACAGUCAAACCUUAUACACAGCAUUGUUUGCAAUCUAAACAUUACCUGAAACAAGCCAAUAGCAUAAAAAAACAUUGUUUCAGCUGUGUCUGACCCGUGGCAUUUCUGUUUCAUUUACUGAAACGUAACAGCCUCCUUCACUUAUUGAAUUGUAUGAGGUUUUCUAUUGAGUGCAUUGAUUUGACAAUAACAAAGUUACGUAAGACCUGAUUUAAACUUUUUUCUUUACAAUGAAGAUGUAAUGAACCCCAAACCUAUUCUAUUGGUUUAUAAUUUCGCCUCACCCCCAUGCAAAUGGAUAAGAUGAAGUUCGUAUGAAUGAAGUUCAGCUCUGUGUAACAAUAUUUUUUUUCAAAUAUAUGUGAAAUGUUUUGCUUUGUUUUUCAAAGGAAGAAGAAAAUCUCUAAGGCUAUGUUAAAUUCUACAAAAGUUCCUAUCUUACUGAACGUUAGAUUCUGAUCAAACACAUACUUCCAGGAGGAUGUAUUGCUUAGGUAAAUGUCCCAUAGCUUUGUAUUUUAGUGCCAAGGGUAAGAUCUUCCUCCAGCGACCCUAACAGGAGCUUUGGGAUUUACAAAGGUCAGAAAAGGUUGGAAAGGUGAUAAAUUCCCCCAAAAGACUUUAAACUGAAUGUUCGGCUAACAGAUAAAAAAAUAAACUGUGCCCAUGAACUGUCUUCUCCGCAGUAGACGCAGUGUUUCACUGACACACCUCCAUCAGGAAUUUAGGGGGUGACUGACCACGGCUGUUGCAAACAAAGCUGAACUUAACCCAAAGGAGACCAGAGGGAGGCCUCUGUUUUAGAUCAAUGGUUGCAUCAGUUGGGUGGAUCGACUGGCUUCAUCACUUCAUGGGUCAACUGUUCGUGCAAAUGUUUGAUUUCAGUGAAUCAAAACUUAAGUGUGAAUGAAUGUCUUCCUGAGUCAGCCAGACCAGCAAGGUGGGAGUUGGUAUGGGCCAAGCUGAGCUGGCUUCAACCCACAUACGUAUCCCUUCCCAGCAACUACGGAUGCCCAGCAUCGUGGUGGUGAGCAUAUUAUAGAGACCAGUCAUUGGAGUCAUGUUUGUACUGUGAUUCACCUGUACAGUGCAAUUCCUAUAUUCUGCUAAGUGUAACUUGUAUUGUGAUUUCAGUGCAUUGCUGUAUCACUAGGCUAAAACAAAAUCCCAUGUAACAUCAAAUAUCCUCAGAUAAGUACAUUCGGUAUUAAACAGUAAACACUCACAUACAGAAUAACUGAAAGAACCUGGUCAUAGAGCAGUCUGCUCUGUUACAUGAAGUGCAGCACAAUUCCAGACUCUCACUUUUCCUAUCCAAGACCUGAUCUAAAAUCCACUGAAGCAAAAAAUUCUGUUCAUUAAUGGCUCUCCUGACU